AUAUAGCACACAACAUGCUUCCAGAGACUUGGUAAAUUUUUUUUUCUUCCGAACCUUUCUUCCAUGAUAUAUACUAUAUAUGAGUCAGUUCCAAUGUACCAGAAAAACAGAUCUCUUUAAUCCUGUUGAAUGCAAAUAAUUUAAUUCUUCUUAUAUUAGGUUGGAAGAUGUCUAAGAAAGUAACAAUUGAUUCCUUUUUCAAGAGAAAAGAGAGAAAUAGCGAUGACUGUGGCACACAAUCUAUUCUGGUAACACUAAUUUCAAAUCUCGAGUCUGUGCCUAAUAUAGAAAAUUUUGUUCAACUUCAGCCAAAUACAGUGCCUAAUUUGGAACAACCUCCAUCCAAAGUUUUGAAAAUUGGACAAAACAUUGAUAUUGCUUCCUUGGAACGUGAUCCUGGCAUACGUCCAAAAAUUUCAAAUUAUCCUAUCAAUCAACAGGAUGAAAUUCAAUAUUCACCUGCAAAGGAUGCUGUCUUUUGCUUUCCUUGCUAUUUGUUUGCAAAAAAACCAAGUGGGAAACAAGGAGGGGUUGAGACAUUUACUUCAAUCGGAUUCAAAAAAUGGAAACAAGUCAACAAUGGGGAUAAAUGUAAAUUUUUAGCUCACAUGGGAAAGGAUCCAAAUUCAAUUCACAAUAUUGCUGUUAAAUGCCUUGAAGAUUUUAAGAAUCAGUCUUGUCAUGUUGAAAAGGUGUUAGACAAACAAAGCUCACAACAAAUUGAGAAGAACCGGUUGCGUCUCAAAACUUCUAUUGAUGUUGUUAGAUGGUUAACUUUUCAAGUUUGUGCUUUCAGAGGGCAUGAUGAAAGCUUGGAUUCAAAAAACCGUGCUCGUGAUGAAUCUAAAAGAAAACAAAUGUCAAUCGUUGUUAGAUUUGUUGAUAAAGAUGGGUUUGUGAAGGAGCGUCUUCUAGAUGUAGUACAUGUCAGAGAGACAAAUGCAUUGACUCUUAAACAAGAGAUUUGUUCUGUUUUAUCCCAUCACAAUCUUAGCAUUCAAAAUGUUCGGGGUCAAGGGUAUGAUGGAGCUAGUAAUAUGCGUGGAGAAUGGAAUGGAUUACAAGCUUUGAUUCUUCAAGAAUGUCCUUAUGCUUAUUAUGUGCAUUGCUUAGCUCAUCAAUUACAAUUAGCUCUUAUUGCUGUAGCUAGAGAAGCACCAAAUGUUCAUGCUUUUUUUCAGAAUUUGACUUCUAUAAUUAACAUUGCCAGUUCUUCUUGCAAGCGUCAUGAUGAGUUACAAGCUACAUAUGCACUUGAAAUUGCUCAUUUAGUUGAAAUUAAUGAGAUUGAAACAGGAAGAGGAGCCAAUCAGUUGGGCACUUUACAAAGACCAACAAACACAAGAUGGAGUUCUCAUUUUAAGUCAAUAUGUAGCCUUUUACGAAUAUUUACUCCAACUACCUCAGUUCUUGAAAAUGUGGCUGUUGAAGGAUCCACAUACUCUCAACGAGGUGAUGCUACUUUUGCUCUUAACUUAGUUCGCUAUAGAUCCCCAAGAAAGCAAGAAGUAGCUGGAACUUCACAAUCUCAAUGGCUGCUUGGUCCAUUUGGGAUCAAAGGAAAUUCUACUUAUGCUAAGUUCAGUUUUAUGGAUUGUCUACUGCAAGAAACUCUUAUUAACAUUGAUAUAGUUGUUACUCUCACUUGAGUGAUUUUACAAAUAUAAGUAAAUUGAUAAAAAUCAGACUUCACCCAUAGCCAAUUAGCCAUAGAUGAUGCCAUUGAAAUUAUUUGUAAGUGGUGAUUUGAAUCCAUAGUCCCUGUAUUGUUCGCAUUAUUUCUCACCAUUCAACUAACUUGAGCGAGUUGGGAAAAAUGAAAUAAAAACCAUUGGGCUGACAGUCAACAUGUUGAAUGGACAUUUUAUUAACUAAAACAUAAGUUCUCACGAACAUUAAAUAUGGCCGAAGGAGUGUCUUGUGAAUUCUGAAGCUGCAUCAUUGAGUGUGUACAUCAAGCUGAACCAAAUAAUGUUCCUUCAUAUGAUUGUUUGAGUUGGAACCACGUAUCACAGCAUCAAUUCCGUUCCACCGUCUCUGUUUAAUAACAAGUUAAAUUCCUC